AGCCUGGCAAGGAUCUCAACAUCAUCUUCAUCUACGAGCAUUCCGAUCCCGCCUUGUCCUUCUCUUGCCUUACCAUGUCUUAGCUCAAGCGUAUCAACAAACAGGGAUAACCGCUUGCUUGUUUUUUCCUCACCAAUCGAGACCUUCACUGGUAACUUUUAUCGUGAUACGUCUCGAGGCUACGGCACUUUCCAGCUGUUUUCCAUGUAUCAUGACCUUGUCCGCCGACCGGGUUCGCGGAUUCUGUCUUAUUCCCCGAGACACACCCACAGCCACUUCAUUCAACCAAUUCAUAGAUUACAGUCCUAGUCUUGCCAACUUCCUUCAGUUGAGGCAUCACUAAUGCAAGUCGACAAAAAAGGUCAGCCUUCCCAGGGCGGCUUUCGACUGUUUCAUCCUUCUGCAUGAGUUUGCUGAUCACGAUUCCUCACGAUCCUUCCAUUAAAGACACUACUAUGGGCCAUGACACAUUUGAAAACAACAAUAGCUUAGCUGGCGUUGGUAAGUGACUGAUACAUCCAAUACAUGCAGGCAUAUGGAGAUGCAUUCACAAUCUAGACAACCCAAGUUGGGCCUUGGAAUCUCGGUAUUUCCCGUUCAACUCCGCAACAAAGCUGGAUUAAUUUCAUGGUCUCGCCUUCAGCCGAAUGCCGAUCAAUUACUCAAGAUUGGAGGAUGUCUAGGGACUUAUGUGGGUUUUCUUGACCUUGCAGACGGGAACUACUUCUCCGUUCGAUCCAAUGCUCCGAUGGUGUGGACCAGAUCGAAGGGAUGGUUUUUGAAUACGUUCACUACAAAUGAGCUCAAGAUGAAUAGAGAGAGAGGAAAUGAUUGUAUACAACACUACGCACUGAUCUCGUAUCUUGAAGCUACCUAGUUACUCCUUUGCUAAAAGACGAUGAUUUUCUUGGAUACAUAGUGAACAAGACAACCACAUGGAAGCGAUAUGAAACAAGGCAUAUUAGACUAUUGGAGUACCUAGUAUAGUCAGAUGGACUUGUAUAUAAGCAUAAUGAUGAGAAUAAUCCCAUGGACACAUGAUUGUCAUGCUGUCAUACUGGGAUACACAUCAUCAAGGCGACAGACAGAAAGACUCGUUACCUUAGUAGAUACGAGGGUUCCAGUUCAGGCAGGUGGUACUUCACAG